AUGUCUGAUGAGUGUCAUCUGUGUCUGCUGGGACUGAUCUUUCUCUCUUCACUUCUCACAGGUAUCGGUGGAGUGGAUGAUGCUCAUGUGUUCAUCAGUUCUGGUGAAGAUGUCCGUCUGCCCUGGAAUAAUGCUCUUCCUGACUGCACAUCAACUACAUGGAUCUAUAACAGAUUCAGAGAUUCAGCAGCAGUUGAACUGAUUGGUUUAGGGAUAAAGAAGAAAGACACAGAGAGUCAUGAGAGACUGAGUCUGGGGUCUGACUGCUCUCUGAACAUCAGGAACAUCUCAACAGAAGAUUAUGGCAUUUAUAGCUGCAGACAAUAUGUGAAUGGACCUGAUGCUUAUGUUUUUCUGCAUGUUCUUCAUGUCUCUUCAUCCUCCUCCUCAUCCUCACAGACUGAGAUCAGUGCAGGCCGCUCUGUGACUCUCUUCUGUCAGUUGUACUCAUAUGCUGAAGGCUCUUGUGAUGAUUGGAUCCGUUCUGAGAGAAUCGAGCUGUUCUGGGUGAAUCAGGCUGGUGUUAAACUGAUGAGAUCAGACUCCAGAUAUCAGAUAUUAUCCUCAUCAGAUCACUGUAUCAUCACUCUGAAUACAACACUCCUGAAUGAAGAUCACAACAGAGAGUGGAGAUGCAAUGUUACUCAGAGAGAUCAAGUCAAGAGCUCAGUCACAUACACUGUCAAGAGUUCAGUUCAAGCUGAAACAGUGACAGCAGUGAUUCCAGUCCACAUCACAGACUCUCAGGAUCCCUCAACUACAACUUCAUCAGAAACUUCUAAAGAUCAAGUCGCAGUGAUUUCUGUGUCUGCCGCUGCAUUCGCCGUUGUCCUUCUUGCUGUUCUCUGGCUGAUCUGGAGAAAAAGAGCUGAUAAUAAAAGAUGGACUGACGGAUCGUCGGUGAGUUCAGUAAUGCCAGUGAUUUAUAUUUGAUUUCUGUCUUCA